UUAAUCUCUUUCCUCCCGCCGUGUGCAAAGCUGGUGUUAGUGUUAGGGGACCUUCACAUCCCACACCGAUGCAGUGGUCUACCGGUGAAGUUUAAGAAGCUGCUGGUUCCAGGAAAGAUUCAGUAUAUUUUGUGUACAGGAAACCUCUGCACCAAGGAGAGCUACGACUAUCUCAGGACUCUGGCUGGAGACAUUCAUGUUGUUAGGGGGGACUCGGAGAGCCUGGAUUAUCCUGAAGAGAAGAUAGUAACUGUUGGGCAGUUCAGAAUCGGACUGAUUCAUGGCCAUCAGGUUAUUCCCUGGGGCGAUGUAGCCAGCCUGGUGCUGCUGCAGAGGCAGCUUGAUGUGGACAUUCUCAUCUCAGGACACACACACAGAUUUGAAGCAUUUGAACAUGAAAACAAAUUCUACAUCAACCCGGGAUCAGCUACAGGAGCCUACAGUGCUUUGGAAAUGAACGUCAUCCCUUCGUUUGUGCUGAUGGAUAUGCAGGCCUCCACCGUUGUGGCUUAUGUAUACCGACUAAUUGAAGAGGAUGUGAAAGUAGAAAGAACUGAGUUCAAGAAGUACUGAAUCGAGUUCAAAGCUGCUCGUUGACUUCUCGCCGCCUCUCGUUCCUGCUCUUUCCAGUCCGAGUCUGAGUGGAGUCAGGCCACGGGGGGGUGCUGCUGCUGCGGCGUGUUGGACUGUAAAGCAGCCACGAGGCUCCAUGGCUUGUGAGCUUGUAGGAGAAUGUUAAGUCUUGGUUCCCAACCAGAACCUGAAGCAGAAGAAACUGCUGAUGAAGAGGAAGAGGCCUGUGGGCACUCUGCUGUGUCCGAGGAGGAGCUGCUGCGUUCAUGGCCUCAGGGAGCCAGAGAGGGUGGUGGUGGCUCGUCAUUGAACUGCUUGUGCAAA